AUGUUCCCAGGUGCCCCACUACACGUGACCUGCUCGACAUCUUUCCCCGCAUGUCCUGUCGUGGGCAAUACAUGCCCAUUUGUACCCGCUACCGGUAUUGCCCCAAUACCAUUCCAAUACUGUGAUUAUUAUGGCAGGAAAGUAUCAGUCCAGGCCAAAGGGAUAGUGCAGUUGCGCCACAGCGCACCACAGCGCACAGCCAUUGUCCUCGAGGCUGGAACAUUGCGGAACUACACCCGCCUUCGGCUGUUGGAUAGUUCCAUUGGCUGCCCCUCGCUUCAGACCGCUUUGACUGGCCUCGGCCGAAGAAUACAAAGCCCCCUUGGGGCCACCCGCCCACCGCUCGGUGGAAUCGUGGUGGAGCUACAACAGAGUACAUCCAAGCAGGAGAGGGGCAAGACAUACUUUAUCGUCUUCUCUCCCGCUCUUUUGUACUUGCACUCGCAGCUCUCCCGUCCUCUUAUAUCUCCUUAUAUCUCUCCUCUCAGCUUGUUUUCUCAACUUCCCAUUCCGCACCUGACCAUGGCCGACGAAAAAGUACAGACUUUUGACAUCCCCAAAACCUGCAAAGCAGGUGUUGUCGUCAACGAAGGCCCUGAUUUUCAUGUAGAAGUACAAGAUGUGCCGGUUCCUGAGCCUGGCCCCACCGAUGUCCUGAUUCGGCUCAAUGCGACUGGAAUCUGUCACUCAGACCUGCACUUCAUGUGCAAUGAUUGGGCACUACCAAAAAUGUCCGUCUUUGGCACUCGGUGCGCAGGUCAUGAAGGAGCUGGCGUCAUUGUCAAGGUUGGCGACCAGGUCAAGAACCUCAAGCCGGGCAUGCGUGCUGGAUACAAGCCGGUCCAAGAUACCUGCGGUGUCUGCAGUCUAUGCCGUGAUGGCAACGAGUGUUAUUGCCCCAAGGCCGUCAUGACAGGGCUCAUGGUAGAUGGAUCCUAUAAACAAUACAUCCUGUCACCGGAGCGAUACACGACUCUGAUCCCCGAUGGAGUGAAUGACUACAUCGCCGGACCCAUCAUGUGCUCAGCCUCCACCAUCUAUACCUCAAUCAAGGAAUCUGGACUCAAACCGGGUGAUUGGGCCGUCUUCCCAGGUGCUGGCGGCGGGGUAGGAAUCCAGGGUGUCCAGCUUGCCAAAGCCAUGGGCCUCCGCGCUGUCGCCGUCGACACUGGCGAAGACAAGAAGAAGAUGUGCCUCGACAUCGCCGGCGCAGAACACUUUAUCGACUUUAAGCAAGUCGACAAUGUAGCCGACGAAAUUGUGCGCAUCUGUGAUGGAAUCGGCGCCCACGGAGUCUUCGUCACAGCAGUCCAAACCUACCCAUCCUCCCUCUCCUACCUCGGUGGACGUGUCGGCGGCAAAGUCAUGUGCAUCGGCCUCCCCCCAGCGGGUACGCAACACAUCGACGUGGAUCCCAAUCAACUGUGUUUUAAGAAACAGAGCGUGCACGGUACGGUCGUGAGCAGCAUGCUGGAUGUGGACAAGACGCUCGAAUUUGCAAAGCGGGGACUGUUGAAGCCGAUUUACACAGUCUAUCCACUCAGCCAGUUCAAUGAGGCGGUGCAGAAAUUGAAGCGUGGAGAGAUUGCGGGCAGAGCGGUGGUUGACUUCAACAUGGACCGCCUCAUGGCUGAUUUGUACAACACGUGUAUUUUGAACAUGAUGGAGCCACUUGGAACAUCGCACACCCCUCGAGAUGACUCCUUGAGCAAUGCGCCAACAGCUUGCACACCAUUAUAUGUCGAGGGCAUGUCCGGCGCAUCCCGUAGCCAGUCCCCAUAUGGACAGGCCGAAGCAUCGUCAAGUAGCACAUGGAACGCGAAGCAACCCGCCGUCGAGGACGACUACAGCGACGAGGACGCGAUAUUGGCGGACGAUCCAUUAGAGCACAAUCUACCUGAGCAAAUAUCCUUCAAGCGCAAACCCAAGUCCACAGCGCCCUCCUUCGCCCUUCCUCGCUUCCUCUCAGGCGGCGGCGGCGGCAGCAGUAGCAGCCAUGCCUCACCUGUUCACAACACACGCCUGCAGGCAUUACGUAAUAACCCCACAUCCAAUGACUCGACCGAGCUCAUCCUCAAUUACCUCGAUACUCCCGGCGACCCACUCCAAGACACAAAGGAUGCGACAGGCCUGGAUUGGUAUGUCGAAGGCCCUGGACGCCGAGUCGGCUAUGAUGACCUCACAGCCAUUGACUGGAUCUUCGAGUACGCCAAAGAACGACAAAGGUUACGCUACCUGUAUUCAAGCGCGAGUGGGGUCCUCGGACAGAUAAAGCAACUUGCGGAUGCGAGCCAAGUAUGGAUCAUCUUGGUCGCUGCUGGAAUUCUGAGUGGAGCUAUCGCUGCCUUCAUCGACAUUGCGAGUGAUUGGCUGGGAGACUUGAAGACGGGCUAUUGCCACCACGGCGACGGCGAUGGCAGGUUCUAUUUGAACAAGGCUUUUUGCUGCUGGGGCUAUACGAACAUGCAAAAAUGUCAUGAUUGGAACUCUUGGGGGCAAGCCAUGGGUAUUACAGGUCUGGGUGGACAAUGGAUUGUCGAGUACAUUUUCUUCGUACUCUUUUCCGUACUCUUUGCUGCAUGCGCCAGUUUUCUCGUCCGCGAGUUCUCACCCUACGCAAAGCAUAGCGGUAUUCCAGAGAUCAAGACAGUCCUUGGGGGCUUUGUUAUACGCCAUUUCUUAGGCGGUUGGACAUUGGUCACAAAGACAAUUGGGCUGUGCUUGGCUGUUGCGUCUGGCCUUUGGCUCGGCAAAGAGGGCCCCCUUGUCCAUGUUGCAUGCUGCUCUGCGAAUCUUUUCAUGAAACUCUUCAGCAACGUGAAUGGCAAUGAAGCGCGGAAACGAGAAGUACUCUCCGCUGCUGCCGCUGCCGGUAUCUCGGUUGCAUUUGGCGCGCCCGUCGGCGGCGUGCUGUUCAGUCUUGAGCAGCUCUCCUACUACUUUCCUGAUAAGACCAUGUGGAGUAGCUUCGUCUGCGCCAUGGUUGCCGCUGUGACGCUUCAGCUCUGCAAUCCCUUUCGUACAGGCAACCUCGUUCUGUAUCAGGUUACAUACCACAGCGGCUGGCACGACUUUGAGUUGGUCCCAUUUGCCUUUUUAGGCAUACUCGGCGGUCUGUUCGGAGGUUUGUUCAUCAAGCUCAACAUGGGCGUGGCUGAAUGGCGCAAGAGUCGGACAUACCUCAAAGGACCGGUGAACGAGGUAGUGCUGGUCUCCUUCAUCACGGCGUUGGUCAACUACCCAAUCAAGUUCAUGCGCGCGCAAGCUUCGGAACUUGUACACAUACUCUUUGCGGAAUGCGCCGAUCUCACAGAAGACACACUCGGACUCUGCAAGUCGGGGAAAGCGAACACUGGCGUCAUUACACUGCUGCUCGCCUCCUCAGGCCUAGGCAUCAUCUUAUCGAGCUUCACAUUUGGUCUCCGAAUCCCCGCCGGCAUCAUACUCCCCUCCAUGGCUAUCGGCGGCCUCUUCGGUCGCGCCGUAGGUCUCAGCGUUCAAGUCUGUCAACAAGCCUGGCCCAACCUCUUCGUUUUCUCCUCCUGUGAGCCCGACAUUGCCUGCGUAACGCCCGGUACCUACGCCAUUGUCGGCGCCGCCUCCGCCCUGGCCGGAACAACACGAAUGACGGUAUCGAUCGUGGUCAUCAUGUUCGAACUCACCGGUGCCCUAACCUACGUUCUCCCCAUCAUGAUUGCCGUCAUGAUCAGUAAAUGGAUCGGCGACGCCAUCUCCCCGCGCGGCAUCUACGAAUCCUGGAUCCAUUUCAAUGGCUAUCCCUAUCUCGAUAACCGCGACGACGACGGCAGUUCUAUCCCCGACGUCUCCGCCGCACACGUAAUGACGCGACUUGAAGACCUCACCACCAUCACAGCAACAGGACACACAAUCGCCUCACUACGCAACAUGCUCUCGCAACACCGAUUCCGCGGCUUCCCCGUCAUCGACAACUCUCGCGAUGCCCUCCUCUUGGGCUACAUAUCCCGCACUGAACUCAGCUAUGCACUGCAUGCCGCUUUGUCGCCCCCGCGCAACCUCUCCACCGACACAGAAGCCUAUUUCGCACACCAGCCACUCUCCGACCCAACCACCAGUCUUGACCUCCGGCCGUGGAUGGAUCAAACGCCCAUUACUCUGAAUGCAAAAGCCAGCUUUCAACUCACCGUCAGCAUGUUUCAGAAGUUGGGGCUCAGGUAUGUCGUCUUCACAGAGAGGGGCAUGCUGAGGGGCCUGUUGACGAAGAAGGAUGUGUGGUAUGUUUUGAAUGGCAUGGAAGGCGAGGAUCGAGAGGAAGGGGGCGCUGGGGUAGGGAUUGCGAGGGGUGGACUGAGGGAGCAGGGAGAGGGUUUGGGAGAGCGGAGUGAGGAGAGGGGGUUGUUGGGUGGCGAGGAUGAGGAUGGGGAUGAUAGUUUUCUCCGGGACGGGGAUGGGGACGGGGAUGGAGAUCCGGAUGCGGACAUAGAAGAGAGGAGGUCAAGGCACCUCAGCAUCCUCGCCAUCGCCAAGGUCAUCCAUCAUCGAAUCGCGCGUCUUCCCAUUGAGUUUGUUGAUCGCGGUGUGCAAGCGAUCCAGUAA